GUUAAAGGGCUUGUAUGAAAAUACAACUUGUUUUAUACCAGUCUUCUAAAAAUACACAGGCUAAACAUUCCAAGCGGGACAAGUUGAGAAUAGCCUACAGUACUUCACGUAACGAAACACAUAAAUCGUGGCAUUGCAAGAUUCAUCACUUCACACACAUGCAUGAAAUUCUAGCCAAUUCUCUCAAAAACUGCUUAAAUCCCAUUGAUCAUGUACAAAACACAGGGAUUUAUAGCAGUUACAGCUGUGCUGGGAUAUGUACUGUUCCAGUUUGCCAUCAGGAUAGGAGUGCACAGAACAACUGUUUUUCCACAUUUUCCUGGACCCUGUAGGUCUCUCCCAGGGAUUGAAUAUGGAUCUGAGGAUGUUGAGACUUUGCCAGAUGGGCAAGCGUUCAUCUCAUCUGGAUUCAAGCAUAACAACAAAGCUGCAAUCUUCCUGUUCAACUUUGAACAACCAGACAAUCCACCUAUAAAACUAGACAUCAAAGGCUUUCCAUUGGGCAACCUUGAACCUUUGGGUAUAAGCAUUUAUGUCAGUGAUUUAGGUGACAUCUAUCUUUAUGUUGUGAAUGUAAAAUCACCAAUGAAUGCAACUAUUGAGAAAUUCCAAUAUGACAAGGCAGGACUUGUUCAUAUAAAGACAUUAUGGGACCCCAACAUGGGAAGCAUAAAUGAUAUUAAAGUUGUGGGGAAUGACCAGUUCUACUAUACAAACUUCAACACCUUUUCUACAAUGAUUCACGAUUUUUGGAUCAGCAAUCUCUGGAUGAAAAGUGUCUGCUUUUUCAAUGGCAAAAAGAGUGAAGUUGUUGUUUAUGGUUUGAGACUUGCGAAUGGAAUCAACGCUAGUCCAGAUGGAAAGCAUAUCAUACUAGCAGAAAUGGGCGAGAGAAGCUUGAACGUUUAUACCAGAAAUAGUGACAAUUCAUUAACAAAAACGGAUCAACUUUACAUUGAUUGCUCCCCCGACAAUAUUGACAUUGAUAAUACUGGUGAUAUCUGGGUGGGAUGUUUCCCAAGUCUAACUGAUUUAUUUCCCUCUCCGCCAUCUGGUGCUCCUGUAUUAAAAGCUCAGGUUCUUAAAUUUGAGCUACAGAAUGGCAAGUUAGUCAAUGGAAAGCAAAUUUUACAGGACGAUAGAACCACCCUGAAAGGGAGCACCAUUGCUGUCAAAUACAAAGAAGCACUUUUGGUGGGCAGCCAUACAAAUCUGGCAUACUGCAAACUUGAAUAAACUUAAAAGUUUACAAAAACAAGGCUUCAUCAAAUGAAAGCGAGGAAGUAAUGAAUAAAAAUAUUUAUCCCUAUAAUAUGAUAUUUAUUGUAUAGAAAUGUUUGAUUUAUGGCAGAUUUGAAACAUAUUCAUGAAAAUACAGGAAAAAAAUAUUGUCUAUAAUCUAGUUGAUUGUUGUUAUCACUAAGGUUUACAUACUCUACAGCUUCUGUAUUUCUUUCUCUGU